GAAGGAGGAAGUGGAGGAGAGUGAGAAUGUGAGCAACGUAUUUUUCACCCAAGGCCCUUGAAAACAGCUAAAUUCCUUCUCUGAGAGUGUAUCUUGCAUAUUCAAUUGUGGAGAUCUGAAAUUAAUCACCCAGACAUGAGCGACCAGUCAGAAUACCAGCGGCUGUCGAGCGAGGAAGAGGAGAAGCUCAGUGGGAGCAUGCAGUCAGAUGAGGGAACAGAGUGGCUUCUUGAACUCCUCACAGAGGUGCAGUUGCAACAAUAUUUCCUUCGCAUCCGUGAUGAUCUCAAUGUUACCCGGCUCUCCCACUUCGACUAUGUGAAAAAUGAGGAUCUUGAAAAAAUUGGAAUGGGCCGUCCUGGCCAGAGGAGGCUAUGGGAAGCUGUAAAACGAAGAAGGGCCAUUUGCAAGCGCAAAUCUUGGAUGAGCAAGGUGUUUAGUGGAAAGCGACCCGAGUCCGAGUUCCAGCCUCAGCCAGGAACAACGUUUCGCAAACUACCAACUCCUCCACCCGCCACACCACCAGAAGGCAAUCAGUCACUGACCUGCUUGAUCAGUGAGAAAGAUUUAACACUUCAUGAGAAACUGGGCGAUGGAUCCUUUGGAGUUGUCAGACGGGGUGACUGGCAGUCACCUUCUGGUAAAGUUAUGAACGUGGCUGUGAAGUGCUUGAAAACAGAUGUAUUAAAUCAACCCGAUGCACUGGAUGAUUUUAUACGAGAAGUCAAUGCCAUGCAUUUUCUGGACCAUCUCAACCUUAUCCGUCUAUACGGUGUAGUUCUGACCCAUCCAAUGAAAAUGGUUACUGAACUGGCUCCACUUGGUUCUUUACUGGAUCGUUUGAGAAAAAACCAAGGCUACUUUCUCAUUUCAACACUGUGCCAGUAUGCAGUACAGAUAGCAAAUGGCAUGGCUUACCUCGAGUCUAAGCGCUUCAUUCAUCGAGACCUGGCAGCUAGGAAUAUCUUACUGGCCUCAAAUGAGUUGGUGAAAAUUGGAGAUUUCGGACUCAUGAGGGCUCUUCCACAGAAUGAUGAUCAUUACGUCAUGCAGGAACAUCGCAAGGUUCCUUUUGCCUGGUGUGCCCCUGAAAGUCUGAAAACGCGAACAUUCUCACAUGCCAGCGACACCUGGAUGUUUGGUGUCACUCUGUGGGAGAUGUAUACAUACGGUCAGGAGCCUUGGGUAGGCCUCAACGGGAGUCAGAUUUUGCAUAAAAUUGAUAAGGAGGGUGAGAGGUUGCAAAGGCCCGAAGACUGUCCACAAGAUAUUUACAAUGUGAUGCUGCAGUGCUGGGCACACAAACCAGAGGACAGACCAACAUUUGUGGCACUCCGAGAUUUUCUGAUUGAGGCACAGCCUACAGACAUGCGAGCGCUGCAGGACUUCAGUGAACUGGAUAAACUACAAAUUCAGAUGAAUGAUGUUAUCACAGUCAUCGAGGGCAGGGCUGAAAAUUAUUGGUGGAGAGGUCAGAACAAGCGCACACUGAAGGUGGGACAGUUCCCACGAAAUACAGUGACUUCCGUCGCAGGCCUUUCAGCCCAUGACAUCAGCCAUCCGCUCAAGAACAGCUUUAUUCACACGGGGCAUGGAGAUACCAAACUUGAGCGUUGCUGGGGCUUUCCUGACAAAAUAGAUGAAUUGUACCUGGGCAAUCCUAUGGAUCCUCCAGAUGUACUUGGACUAGAUAUGAAGCUGACGAGGCCAACACAGCUACCAGGAAGAUCAAAGAAGGAGCCUCCUCCACGUCCUCCUCAGCCAACAAUAUUCGGCAAGAAGCCUGUCUAUGACCCUGUGAUUGGGGAGGAAACUGCAGGCUCUUUGCCUCUAAAAAAGCUCAGCCUGAAGAAACAGGGCCCAGCAAAGUCUCUAAAACUCAACAAACCUGCUGCUCGUGUUUCUGCCACAAAGUUAGGUGAGAAGCCAUCAGAAUGGAGUAAAUCGUCAGGUCAUACAAAUAAUGAGGUGGCUCUGAUUGACUUUGGAGAUGAUCAGACAGGUCACACUCCAUCUCCAGUACUGGAAAGUACUAUUCCUACACUGGCUAAGCUAGUAUUGGACUCGUACUCACUACUGGACAAGACACCGCCUCAGAGUCCUACCAGAACCUUGCCUAGACCUCUGCACCCUGUUCCUAUAGUUGACUGGGAUUCCAAACCCUUGCCUCCACCUCCAGCCUAUGAUGAUGUUGCUCAGGAUGAAGAUGAUUUUGAAGUCUCGUCCAUUAAUAGUCUGGAUACUGAAUUAAUUGGUGAACGGUCAAAAUAUGGAACUCCUCAGUUGCCAAGAAAUCAAGAAUCAGGAGAAACUAAUUAUGCAUUUGUACAUGAUACAGAUGGCAAAGGAAAACCCAAAGUGGAGGAUAAUUUGUUCCUUCCACCAAAGCAGAUGAAGCAGACUACCUUUUCCCAGUCAGCUGAAAUAUUUGAGGAACUACAACAAGAAUGCAUGAAAAGACUUAAUGUCCCUGUUAUUUCAACUCCAGCCUCCUCACCAACUCCCAUCUCCUUGUCAGCAAGUGUAUCUCCAACUACUUCUGAUGAUAAACCUCAGAUCCCACCACGGAUUCCCAUUCCUCCACGGCCUCUAAGGAGAAAUGAACUGGGCCGUUGGUCUGGUGAGUUGUCACCUGCAUCUGGAGGUGAAGAGGAUAAGCCUCCACAAAUUCCUCCCAGGGAUCCAUUGUCCCAGCCAUCCUCAAGAACUCCAAGUCCCAUGGCAAUUCCAGUUAGUUCUCCACAGCAAAGGACAACUGCAGCUUCAAUGGCAACAUUAACUGUAGGUGCAUACCUCUCAACAUCUCCUAGCAAGUUAAUGCCCACCACUCAGAGUUUUGCCUCCGAUCCAAAAUAUGCUUCACCCAAAGUUAUUCAGGCACAAGGAAAAGAUACCUCUAAGGGACCUUGUAUCUUGCCAAUAGUAAAGGAUGGCAAGAAGGUUAGCAGCACCCAUUAUUAUUUGCUUCCAGAGAGACCUUCUUACUUAGAUAAAUAUGAAAAAUUUUUCAAAGAGGCUGAGUGUGUGGAUGAACUCUGUUCCAAAAAAUUUGUGACCACAGCAACAGUGAGGCCAAUGGUACAACACCCUGAAUACAAGGCCAACUUUUCAUCCAACAAUAGCAACACAGGUCCUGGGCUUACAGUAAUGAAAAAUUCUCAUAGUCUGCAAAAAAUCUCUCUUGAGAGCUCCAGUGGAAAGACAGACUGUUUUACUCCAACGGAGAAAAUUAAAAUAGUUCAGGAAAAUGUUCAUGGCGUUACGAUGGAGGAAUGUCAGACCGCGCUUCAGAACCACACCUGGAAUGUUCAAAAAGCCAUACAGUACCUCAAGGUUGAGCAGCUAUUCUGUCUCGGGUUGAAGACAAGAAGUGAAUGUCAGAAGAUUCUAGAAAUGUUUGACUGGAAUCUGGAAUUAGCCAGUUGCCACCUGCUAGACACUUACAGUGCAGCUCGACAUAGGCGAUGACAAGCUUCACAGUGGAGAAAACAAACUUGACACGUAUUGGAUAAUUGCUCCAAUGUCGUCGGGAUUGUGGAAUACAGGUGUUCUCUGGACAGAAUUUUCAAAGCAUAUUUUGUGAAGAAAAGGAUAUCAAAUGACUGUCACUAACUAACUCGUGCACUAUUUGUGCAUUGUGGUCCUGCUGGUAGGUGGGAAUCCACUUCUCAAUAGCAGUAUUCUUCAAAAGCAACAGGUUGUUUGUUUUGUUCAUGGUGAAAAGAUAUGUAAUUUUGUGGCAUACGGUAAUCCCAACAGCCUUCUGUAUAUAAAUAUAAAAUAUAUAUAAUAUAAAUUUUAUUUGACAAGUUGAUGGUAGAUUGCAGUUGUGUUUAUAUUUUGCAUUAAAUUUGUCACAUUGAUGUUCUAAUAAUUAUUUAAUUUGUUUUCCUAAAAGACAGUUGAAUGAGUUUAACAUUCUGAAUUUCCUAUCCAGGUAAAGUUUACCCAUUUUAGAUUUCUUCAAGGAUGCAUAUUUUUGAAAGCUAUUAGCAUGACCUUUACUGAUUGAGACCUGGUAUUAAGUUAGUCAUGCUAAAUCUGUCAAACUAUUUUUCCUCUUCUGUAAUAUGGUACAUUUAAGUGCCCAUUCCCUGUGCUGCAGUUCUCAUCAAAUCUAUAAAUAGGAAUAAUAGGUUUAAGACCACAUAUUACAGUUGAGUUUUGGGAUUGGCCAUAGUAUGAGCACAAGGCCUAAGAUUGCUGAAAUUGUAAUUUAAAACCACAGGGUACUUCAACACACAUACAUUUUCGAAAAAAGUUCUGAUUAGCUCUGUUAGUUCACUAUGUGAAGAACUAGUCCUAGUCAAUAGCAAAACAAGUAAUGAGUCUAAGAAAAGAUGGAUGCAAGUUGCAUGACCUCAGUGGAAAUGACCCCUCUUUCUAAACCAUGGUCUUGCAAAUUUAAAAACUGCCGGGGAUUGUACAUCGGUACUGCAACUUACUGGAUUGUCUACUAGGAUAAAAUGAUAUAGCAAAAAAAAUGGGGAACACUGGGGAGUGUGAAUUAGGAGGUAUAAGAUUUUAUCCAUAUUACAAAUAAAUUAUUGGUGAUAUUUAAACUGACAAUAACCGAGUCUGGGGAAAAGCAUAGCUCAAGAUCAUAAAGUAACCUGUAUUCUUUUCAUAGACACGAUAUCAUUGUGGUGCUACUUAGACACUCUAACAUAAUACAAAUGAAAUCAUCACUGACCCAUUUCUCAAUGCUCCUCUGGGUUUCGAUGUUAUCAAAUCAGUUAGCUGUCCUUCCACAUAGAUUAAGUGGUUUGUUACCAAUAGUUUGAAAUUGACAUGAAUUAUUCAAAGUAAUCUUUUCAUUUUGAGCUGAGCAUCCUAUCCAUUAUCUUAUUUAAAGCUUUUUUGCUUUUAUCUUUGGAACUGCCUGGCCUACCCAUUUGCUGCUGAAUCUUUUCUAUGCAGUUGCCAUUUCCAGACAUGACUACUUCAACACUCAUUGACCUUCCAUCUUCUUAUUUUCCAUAAACUGUAACGAAAUUCAAACACUGCUAUUAGUUUUCUAUCCUUUACAGGUAUCAUCCUUGUCCUUUGUGACCAGCUUUGGCCUCUAUUCCAGUAUAGCUGCCUUUCAAAGGUUCCUUUCUUCUAUUAGGCUUUUGAUAUUGUUCUACUUUGUCUUUGAUUAUGCAGCAACUUAAAUUAUUUUUCGUCAGGAUCCAGAUUACCAUCAGUGUUACAAUAAAAGUUGUUUUGACACCCUCUGUAAAUGUUUUAACAAAGAAUUUUAUGAAAUUUCCCCUAAGUUUAAAUUUGAUAGCAGUACCAAAUUAAAACGAUGGAUGUUGUGGGUGGAUCUUAAUUCUGGACCAUAUAACUUAGGAUCAUCAUCCGCUGUUAUGAAACCUUAAGAACCAGUCAGUUUACUGGAUUCCUGUUUUGGAACUUAGUGAUUCGAAAAAGAAAUUGGAUGGACCAUUCUCAAGACUUUUCAGGUUCCACUGUUGGUCUGUCUGGCUCUACUCAUAACUGAGAGAUCAGAAGAAAGUCAGAUUUCUACUGAAUUUUAUUUUGAGUUUGUUUCGGUCCAUUUAAGAGGGUGGAUGGACCAAAAUGUCAAUUCCAUUGUAAUUCAAUCUUUAGCCUGGAGAUUGGAUAAACUAUCUGCAGAUUUCUGCCCAGGUUCUCCGAUCAGUCCAAAGCCACACUCUGGCAAUAGGGGGUGCAUUUUCUGCAAGUCGGAACAAACUUUUGGAAUAUUUUAGAAAUGGGAACUGUGUGGUAAUCUAUUCUUAUUGAGGACUGCAGUAACACUCAUUCAUCAGAAACAAAAUUAGAACAGCAUUGCACCCUUAUUUAUUCAAAAAUGUUGUUGUUACAAUAUGUUCUACAGUACUACACAUUUCGAUAAUGUAAUUGUAUGGAAGCUGUUAUUAAUAACUUAUGACAAGUUAUUCCAUAAUUAAUCUGUGAAAGAAUCAUUGCAUCAGGACAAAGCCUGGCUGAGAAAUCCAUAUUUAAUUCAUUUAUUCGUUAAUCUUAAAUUCUCUCAGUGAUUCUUUGGUCUAAGUAUGGUACCAUGACCAAAGGCAAUCUGGAUCAAAGAAUAGGAGGUAAAAGAUCACAUGGUCAGUCUUUACAAUGUUCCUUCUGAGUCCCUGUCUCUCCCUUUCAGCUUUGGUGAACCCUACCUUUGUACCACAUGCUUCAGGUCGGAUAGUUGAUCACUAGCAUUUUCCUCGCAUUCACUGUUAUUGUGUAAUCUGUUAUCCUCCCCUGAAGUGAAACAACCUUAUGCACAGAGCAGUUCCUGCCUGAGAACUUUUAAAAAAAAAUAAAAUCUAGACGGGCUUGUUUGUGUUCCGAUAUUCAAGAUUUUAGCUUUAUUUUAGCACCCUUAUACUGGAGCUGCUAAAAAAAACUUCUUCACCUAUGUUUAGAAGCAUUCUAACUACCAGCAGUGUAGUUAGUAUGAUUGAGUGCAUAUUAUCUUGCCCCAUCAAGCCAGAUGCAACACAUAAUUUAUGCUAGAGAAUGAUAGUUCAUCAAUCAUCUUUGGGCCUUAAGUAUGCCAUCUAAUGGCCUAAUCAGAAAAAUCACUUAGAAAAUGGCCUUUACAGUUGAAUCAAUGAGACAGUUGCUCAAAUGACCAAUUCUGGGUAUGCUUUAAAACGAAGAUGUGAUUUGUACCAUCUAAGUAUGGAGAUCAUGUGGGUGGGGAGGGGGGAAGGGGUUCUGAGAAAAUGAACACUGCACAUUUGUAUAAAGUUUAUUUUUCAAUCUGUUUUGUAGAAGUUCAGUUGUUGCAUGUCUUGUACUCAGCAUUUCUUGGAUUGCAACAUUGUCAUAAUGCUACAUUUGGAAAAAAAAGUAGUGUUAACUCAGGUCUUGUUGGAUCCUUGUAAAACAAAAAAAAUAAAAGUUGUUGUACUGAAAUGUGAGGUAAUUCCCUCUGUUAUAGAAAAAAAAACUGUCCAUAUGUUUUUCUGAGUUCUGUGAAUAUUUGUAAGGUAUUCAUGCAUUUCUAUUUGUGGUUAACUACAAUUUCAGUGUAGUAUUCAUCCACAUGAAGCCAGUGCUUAGAAUUAAAUGGGGCCACUAGUACAUUGCUGCAACGUUUCUCCCAUUUCACCUCUAUUUUUGGAUGGUGUUUUUCACACGUCUUUGUGGAUACGAAAAGUCUAAUUAGCUCUAAUGGACUUUGUUGCUGUAUUCAGACACAAGUAAUAAACAAUAAUUGUGUACCAACACCCAUAACAUUUACAUUAAUGUAAAAAAACUUCCAUUAUCCAUGUGCUGAUUACUUCAAUAUUAACACAGUAUCAGAAUAUCUUUCCUCUAGCCCAAAAGCAGUGAUAAGAUGUACUAACAUUACAUUCAGACAAUGUAUUGCUGUUAGGAUGUUCUGAGAAACUGUACUGAAAAUUUGUGUCAAGUUUAUUUCUGAGAUUUUUUUUUAGAAGCUAACUUGUAUGCAGUCAUAUCUGGAACCCUUGAUAAUGUGAACUGGGAAAGGGAGAAAAUAGUUUAUUGCUGCACGCAAAACCAGUCUGAGGAGAACCUAUGACAUGGUGAGAAACACAGCAAGUUUAUAACAUUGUGAAAUUGUUUUACUCAUAAAAUAAAAUCAUUGUAAUUUCUGAAAUAAAA